AUGGCGUACGUACGCAUAAGUUUUAUUGUUUUAGCUCUUUUUGUGCCAUUACUUAUCGAUUGUAGAUUUAUCAAUUAUGGAAUAUGUCGUCCUGAUGAAUCAUAUAGUCUUUGUAGCACACAGUGUGAACAGACAUGUGCUGAUAAAGAUACAUGGCAACAACCAUGCAAUCAUAUGUGUGCUAUUGGUUGUUUUUGUAUCGAUGGUUAUGUACGACAAAGUGAUAAGAAUAGUCCAUGUAUUAAAAAAAGUGAAUGCUAA